AUGUCCGCAAGGUUUGCGCAAUGGAUGGCGGACCAUGGGGUCAAAUAUGAGAGAAUCGCAGAGACAGAGAAACGCUUCAAUGUCUUCAAGGAGAACCUCAAGCUCAUAGACUCUGUCAACGCAGAGAAGCGAUCCUACACGCUGAGUCUCAACAAAUUUUCCGACUUGAGUCUCGACGAAUUCCGUAACCAGUACAUGGGCUUGAACGUAGAUGCUGCUGGUCGUAAGAUGGCCACGAAGGGACCUUUCAUGUAUGGGAAUGUGUCGGCAAUGGCAGCGGCACCGGAUACCAUGGAUUGGAGGGCGAAAGGCGUAGUGACUCCAAUCAAGAACCAACAAAAUUGCGGAUGUUGUUGGGCAUUUUCGGCCGCGGCGGCGGUGGAGAGCAUAACAAAGAUCAAGACCGGAAACUCGGUGUCUUCGUCUGAACAAGAAUUGGUGGACUGCGUCACUGGUGGGAUAAGCAGAGGUUGUCAAAGCGGCCUUAUGGAUGAGGCAUUUAAGUUCAUCAUAAACAACGGUGGCCUCUCCAGCGAGAACGAUUACCCGUACCAGGCCAAGGACGGCACAUGCGAUACACAGAAAUCAUCCUCUAAAGCAGCCACAAUCACUGGUUUCCAUGACAUUCCCUAUCAUGAUGAGAACGCAAUGCUCAGUGCCGUCGCCAACCAACCAAUAUCUGUCGGUAUCAAUGGUAGCGGCUCUGAAUUUAGGCAUUACUCUGGGGGUAUAUUCACAGGAGCUUGCGGCCUUGAUUUGGAUCAUGCUGUCACUAUUAUUGGCUACGGAACUGGUGACGACGGCACCCCCUACUGGCUAAUCAAGAACUCCUGGGGCGAAUCAUGGGGUGAGAAUGGUGUAACCAUAUUCGCUGAUGCAUCAGUUUCAACAGUGCCAACAAGGUACGUGCAGUUUUUUGAAGAUAUUGAGGGUGCCAGCACAUAUGCUUGGGGUGUUGCAGCCCUUGCAUUCUUCUAUCACUCACUUAGAAAAGCUUGCACUUUCAAGCGAAGACAUUUUAGUGGUUCAGGCACUCUCAUGAAGUGCUGGUUAUAUGAGCAUAUUAUGCAUAUGAGGCCCAUACCGCAUAGUAUCCCUCCAAAUAUUUCUAGGGCCAUCGAAGAAUAUUAUGGCAAUCCAUAUAACUUAAUGCCUCCCAUCAGACAAGAAAGUGAUAACCUCCAACCUAAUGAGGUUAGUGUAGUUAAGGCAUCUACAGUCAUGUUAGCAUAG